UGCCAUUAUUGCCAGGAGGGCCAUCAUCAUUACCCCUUAGGAAACACAUUAUUAUCAUAGUGGUCCACAGCAUCACACACCACAUUCCAUGUAUGUUGAAAUAUGAAACAAGCCAUCAGUGGCCACCUUAUUAGGGUGCAACUCUGCCUUUAGUUCUGUUGUUUUUGUCAUUUAUCGUUUUUCACUUCGACUAUAGUUCUUUAUUUCUUUUUUGUAUUGCUGUUUCUUUUACUUCGCAAUUUCACUUUUCUCAUCGGACAAGGUUAUUAGGGCCCGAGCCACUGACAAAGACAGCGAGGAAUCGAAGGAAUUAUUAUUAUUGUAAGUUUUGUAAUUUAAAUAAUGUUACAUCAAAUGGAACUGUGGGGGAGGUCUUUGAGCUUGGAGGUGGAUGGCACCAGGUCGUGAUCCCCGAUUGGUUUAAAUUGUGGCGUUCUUUGACGUACCCGGAACACCAUUGGCUGCUCGCAGACGCCCCCUUUGUGUCGAGCGUCGGGUCCGCCAAUCACAGAGCUGCUCUCGCUGAGCUGAUGCACACGGUCAGUGGUUUGUUCGCGGGAAGGUCUCGCUGUCCGGAGAAGACCGCAGACUGCUCGUAAAGAAAACUGUUGUCGCCACGGUGCCGGCCGGCUGUUGAUAUCACCUGUUGGUCUCCCCUCGCUCCCCAUGGCCACGCGUGUCCGACCGAGUAACAAGCGCUGCGCGGUGAUCGGCGGCUCCGGCUUCCUGGGCAGACACCUGGUGGAGAAGCUGCUGGACCGAGGCUACUCUGUGUCGGUGUUCGACAUCCGUCAGAGCUACGAGCUGCCCGGUGUCACCUUCCACCAGGGAGACCUCUGCGACCCGCAGGCUCUGUUGCCGGCCCUGAGGGACGUGUCCCUGGUCUUCCACUGCGCCUCCCCAGCCCCUGGCAGUGAUAACCGGGCUCUGUUCGAGAGCGUCAACAUUCAGGGCACGCGCACCAUCAUCCAGGCCUGCAUCAAGGCUGGAGUACAGAAAUUGGUCCUGACUAGCAGUGCCAGUGUGGUGUUUGAAGGGACGGACAUCAAGAACGGGGGAGAGGACCUGCCAUAUGCGAAGAAGCCCAUCGACUAUUACACAGAGACCAAGAUCGAGCAGGAGAAGCUGGUCCUUGGAGCAUGUGAUAAGGAGAAGGGUUUCCUCACGGUCGCCAUCCGGCCUCAUGGCAUCUUUGGCCCCCGGGACCCACAGCUGGUUCCUAUCCUGGUGGACACGGCUCGCAGGGGCAAGAUGAAGUUCAUCAUCGGUGACGGGACCAACCUGGUGGAUUUCACCUUUGUGGAGAACGUAGUCCAUGGACACAUCCUGGCUGCUGAACGCCUGAGGCCGGACUCGCCCAUAUGUGGAAAACCGUACCACAUCACCAACGACGAGCCAGUUCGAUUCUGGGACUUCAUGUCUGAGGUGUUGGUGGGGCUGGGGUAUGCUGCGCCGCGCUACCACCUCCCCUACACCCUCGUGUACGGACUGGCCCUGCUCCUCUGGCUGCUGGCCCUGAUCCUGCGUCCUCUGGUGUCCUUCAGACCCACGUUUACUCCCAUGAGAGUGGCUCUGGCUGGAACCCACCACUACUACAGCUGCGAACGUGCCAAGCAGGACAUGGGCUACAAACCGGUGGUCGGUCUGAAGGAGGGGAUCGCUCGCACGGUGCAGAGCUACCCUCAUCUCCGACGAGGGGCUUGAGGAAGACUGUUGGGACGUGUGUUGGUCAAAUCGAAAAAAUGAGAAAAGAGACGGUUUAUCUUCACCCAAACCUCACAGUGUUUAUGUUUAUCUGCAGUUUUGUCCAGAAGGUGGCAGCAGAGAGUAUCCUAGUUUUUGUUAACACAUUGCCGUCUGAAGUUUUAAAGCACUUAGUUAACAGUUUAAAGUUCAAGUUUAAUCUUACACUGUGAAUACUGCAAAUCUUCUGUGUUCCUGUUCCAACCAUGUGCUGUACACACAUUGAGAUGCUGCUGAUGAAUCAAAAUGCCUUAAUACAUUCAACUAAAUGAUGGACA